AGUUCCCGCGCUAAAAACAAACUGCGGACGCGCCAAAACAAACGUGUCCCUCCGCGGUAUACGUGUAACCGAAUGUAGUAGUUCCUCGAGCGACUUGCUCGCACCGCGGCCGAUACACGUGUACGUACGGUUUACACGGGCAGAGAGUAUUAGCUGCGCUGACGGAAGGCGCUUGGUGUUGGAAAUAGGAAAACCAUAGUUUAGACAGUCGGCGGAGGGAUAUGAUCUGGGAGAGCGUCAGGCUGUGGAAGUUUUGUGGCGCCAGAAUUUGGAAUCGCUGUCCCGUCCGACUGAUCCGUUUGUGAGGGUUGUAAUCAGCGGCGGGAGCGGUCAUGGUGCUGCUUCGGAGCUCUACGGGGACGGCUAACGGCGCUGGGCCUUCUUACCGGGAGCAAGACUCUCUGCUCGAUGCCAGCUCCGAGUUUCUGAGUCUGGAGCCCCAGAACGAGUCCCCGGAGUUGGGCAAACGGAGGUCUCAGAGGAACACCGGCACCAAUGGGGCGGCCCGGUCUGGCCAAGGUCCCUUUUCUGAUAAUGAGGGUCCCAGUAGCCAUACUCAGAAAACUUUAAGAAAGCGGAAGUUUGAAGACCUUCAGAGUAGCCCAGAUAAAAGCCUGGAUAAAACCAAUGAAAUGAAUGAUAAACAUGAAGUCAGGAGACUUACAAGAAGGGGGGCAAAGCAAGAAGCAGAUGCAAGCAUGAAUGGAAACUGCAAUGGAGAAGAACUAGCAACCUCUCCUUGUGAAACCUCAAGGAGGACAAGAAACACAGAGAAGGCUGCUGCCCAUCAAGUGAAUGGAGAUGUAGAGGUUCGCCGGAGUGGAAGGAUCAGGAGAAGCCGUUACAGCACAACUAAUCAGUCUGUUCUGUUUGACAAACUCAUAACAAAUACCGCUGAAGCUGUUUUGCAAAAGAUGGACCACAUGAAGAAAAUGCGCCGCCGACGUCUUCGGGACCUUGAUGAACUUGGAGUCUUCAAUAGCACUGAAGAGAGCAUUGAUAUGUAUUCACGGGUGAAGCAAAAACGUGGUGCUGCACGAUUAGAUGAGGAAACCACAGAUAAUCAAGAGGAAAGUGGUGAAACAUCUGAAGAAGGGGAAGAGCAAGACGAGGAUGGGGAUGAGGAGGAAGAGGAGGAGGAUGAUGAUGAGGAGGAGGAAGAAGAUGACGAUGAAGACGGAGAAGAAGAUAACCAAAAGCGUUAUGAAUUCCGUCAGAGAAAAACAGUUGUGCCCUACCAGGCUCCCUUAGCAGAACCCAGGAGCUAUAAGAAGCGUGGUAUGUUUUAUGACAAUACCGCUUCUCCAACAAGAAGGUAUCAUCGGUUUGGUUCUGCUGGACCAAGAAGUCCUUACUGCAAAAGGCGUCUUAACAGGAGAAGACAUGCAAUCCAUAGUAGUGAUUCCACAUCCUCGUCAUCAGAUGAUGAGCAACAUUUUGAGAGGCGUCUGAAUCGGAGUCGUAACAAAGCUAUUAGCAGGUGCCUACCUCUUAAUCUGCAAAGAGAUGAUCUAAAGGGAAUUCAAAAAGACAGAAUGAAAAUAGGAGCAAGCCUUGCAGAUGUGGAUCCAAUGCAGAUAGAUGCAACUGUCAGAUUCAGCAGUGUUGGGGGACUUUCUAAACAUAUUUCUUCUCUCAAGGAGAUGGUCGUUUUCCCUUUACUUUAUCCUGAAAUAUUUGAAAAAUUUAAGAUACAACCUCCACGUGGCUGUCUGUUCUAUGGCCCUCCUGGUACAGGAAAAACUUUGGUUGCUCGGGCACUGGCCAAUGAGUGCAGUAUUGGUGAUAGGAGAGUAGCUUUCUUCAUGAGGAAAGGCGCAGACUGCCUAAGCAAAUGGGUUGGAGAGUCUGAGCGCCAGUUAAGGCUACUUUUUGAUCAGGCCUAUCAGAUGCGCCCUUCGAUAAUAUUUUUUGAUGAAAUAGACGGCUUGGCACCUGUAAGAUCCAGUCGACAGGAUCAAAUUCACAGUUCUAUUGUUUCCACCUUGCUUGCUCUUAUGGAUGGACUGGACAGUCGAGGAGAAAUCGUGGUAAUUGGGGCCACAAAUAGACUUGACUCAAUUGACCCUGCUUUAAGACGACCGGGGCGUUUUGACAGAGAAUUUCUUUUUUCCUUGCCUGACCAAGAGGCAAGAAAGGAUAUUCUCAAGAUUCACACAAAAGAAUGGAACCCAAAGCCAUCGGACCUGUUUUUGGACGAAUUGUCUGAAAAAUGUGUUGGAUACUGUGGAGCAGAUAUAAAGUCUGUGUGUGCAGAAGCAGCUCUUUGUUCAUUGCGCCGCCGAUAUCCCCAGAUUUAUACCACAACAGAAAAAUUGCAACUGGAUGUUGAUUCUAUAAAGAUUACUGCUAAAGACUUCAUUACAGCCAUGCAGAAAAUCGUGCCAGCAUCCCAGAGAGCGGUCAUAUCUCCUGGGCAAGCACUGUCUCCAAUAAUCCAACCACUUCUUCAGAACACACUUUGUAAAGUCCUGAAAGCUCUGACAAAAAUAUUUCCUCAUGCUCUUGAAGGAAUCAAGAAAGAAAAACAAUCUGAACUUUCCAAUCACCUGCUGGAUGAAGAUUUAUUAUAUAGUGAUGAUGAGGGCCUAUCAGUUUUUGACAAUGGAUUACCUAACAAAACGCCAAACAAACCAAAUCGGCCAUUUCUUCAGCUACAUAUGAGUGCACAUAAUCAUCCAACAUCCUAUAGGCCUAGGCUCCUAUUGGCUGGGAAACCUGGGCAUGGGCAAGGGACACAUCUGGCUCCUGCAGCUAUACAUGCCUUGGAGAAGUUUACUGUAUACACAGCAGAUCUUGCUGUUCUGUUUGGUGUUGGUGCUACAUCUCCUGAAGAGACAUGCGCUCAGCUAUUUCGGGAAGCUAAGAGAACUGCCCCAAGUAUACUGUAUAUUCCACAUAUUCAUUUGUGGUGGGAAACAGUCAGUGACACACUGAAGGCAACAUUUGUUACUUUGCUGAAAAGCAUUCCUUCCUUUUCACCUAUUCUCCUCCUUGCAACAUGCGAUGUGGAUCAUUAUAAGUUGCCGCACGAGUUGCAGGAACUUUUUGUGGAAGAGUAUGGUGAAGUAUUUCAUGUUCUGUUGCCAAACAAAGAGGAAAGGAGGGUGUUCUUUGAGGAUCUUAUAAUAAAUCAAGCUGCCAAAGCUCCAGUUUCUAAAAAGAAAGCAGUUCUGCAGGCAUUGGAGGUUUUGCCUGUUGCUCCUCCACCUGAGCCACGCACGCUCUCAGCUGAGGAACUGAAACAAUUGGAAGAGCAGGAAGAGAGCACACUGCGAGAGCUGAGACUCUUUUUAAGGGACGUCUCCCACAGACUUGCCAUAGACAAACGCUUCAGAGUUUUCACCAAGCCUGUUGAUCCAGAAGAGGUGCCUGAUUAUGUGACUGUCAUUGCACAGCCGAUGGAUCUCUCUACUGUCAUCAGCAAAAUUGAUUUGCACAAGUAUCACACUGUGAAGGAAUAUUUAAAAGAUAUUGAUCUCAUAUGUAGCAAUGCUUUAGAGUACAACCCUGAUAAGGACCCAGGAGAUCGUUUGAUCAGGCACAGAGCGUGCACUCUCAAAGAUGCCACUUACGCAAUAAUUAAAGAGGAGUUGGAUGAAGAAUUUGAAAAGCUUUGUGAAGAAAUCCAAGAAUCUCGCAAGAAAAGAGGUUUUUGUGCUUCCGCAUUUGCACCAACUUUUUACCAUGUUCUGCCGAAACAAAAUGGCUUUACAGAUGGAAAGAAAGCAGAAACGGAGAAGACAGGGCAGUCGUCGGUACCCCUGGCAGCCAGCACACCAAGUGCACCCCAAUAUAAAAAGAAAUACAGGAGGAAAAGCCGUUGGAGUUCGGGUAACUGUACUAAAAAAAAGAAGCUUCUCCCAUCUUUUAAAAAUGAAAACGAGAAAAUUAAUGGAAAGGCUGAAAGUGAGGCUGACCAGGAAAAUCCAGAAUCGAGCCUUGACCAUACGGAGAUAGAGCUGGAUUCUUCAGCCGACGCAGGGAAUGAGACGCCUGCAGCAGACAAUCAUACUGAGGACUUUCCAAUGCACACAUUAAAAGCCGCUGUUAAUACUGAGGAACCUGAAUCUACGGCACCUCAAGAGCCAACAAGAAAAGAAGCUGAUGCUGUAGAGAACAGUGAAUCAGGUGAUGUACAUUUUAUGCGUAUGACCCGUGGAAGACAACUUCAGGUUGAACAGCAGCAAUUGGUCAGCGUUGAGGAAGCUAUGGAGGUACUUUCAGAAGCGACCCCAGCCUUGUAUGUUGAUCAUCAGAAACUUAAGAAUCUUCUGGACAAAGCUGUAGUAAGAAGCAAUGAAUAUAAUGUAUUUCAGCUGGAAAAGAUGUAUGCCUUACUCAGCCAGUGUAUAUACAGACAUCGUAAAGACUACGAUAAAACGAUGUUACUAAAGGAAAUGGAAGAUGAAAUAAAUGGCUUCAGAAAAUGAAAUGUAUGGAUUUUACCUCACAUGCCCUGUCCAGAUGUGAUCUAUAUAUAAUAUAUGCAGCCUUAAUAAAUGUUCUAUUUACUUGUAAAUAUUUACUUGGAAAAGGUAUUAUUCAGAUACAGACCGUAUUUCAUACUAAUGUGCACCUCACAUUUGUGUAUCGCCCCCAUCCCCUCUUUAUAUGGAGUCUAAGAGUUGGAAAUCUGUAAAUACGAUUGUGGAAAAUGAUUUUUUUACCACCUGUAUAGCCAGGUCCAAGGUGAAAUCUUGUAUAUCUGACUUCUGGUUCUGAAAUGGUAUAUUGUCAUCAAAAUAAAGUUUUUAUUUAUACCAAA